CUCGGCCUGCGGGCCUGGUUGCUAGGCGGAAGCGGGGCGCGGCGGCGUCCGCUGCGGCUGCCCGGGCGUUUGAAUAGCUGCUUAGCAGGCGGCAAAAGACCCCGCCGCCGCGACCAUGGUCCCCAAGUCUGACCAGCUGCUCAUCGUCGUAUCCAUCCUCGAAGGUCGCCAUUUCCCCAAACGUCCAAAGCAUAUGCUUGUGGUAGAAGCAAAGUUUGAUGGAGAGCAGUUGGCCACUGAUCCUGUCGACCAUACUGACCAGCCAGAAUUUGCUACUGAGUUAGCCUGGGAGAUUGACAGGAAAGUCCUUCAUCAGCACAGGUUACAGCGCACUCCUAUCAAACUCCAGUGCUUCGCCUUGGACCCUCAGACUUCUGCCAAGGAAACCAUAGGCUACAUUGUUUUGGACUUAAGAACAGCUCAAGAAACAAAGCAGGCACCCAAAUGGUACCAGUUGCUGAGUAACAAAUACACCAAAUUCAAGUCCGAGGUACAGAUAAGCAUCACUUUGGAAACAGAUACAAAGGCACAGGUGGAGAGUUUUAAAGCAAAAGGAGCCCCGCCUCGGGAUGGAAAAGUUUCUGCUAGCCUGUCAGGAGUUGACCCAAAGGACAUUGUUGCAGUGUUGAAUGAGGAAGGAGGGUACCAUCAGAUUGGACCAGCAGAGUAUUGUACUGACCCCUUUAUUUUGUCAGUGACCAUAGCGUUUGCCACCCAGUUGGAACAGUUAAUUCCAUGUACGAUGAAGCUUCCAGAAAGGCAGCCUGAGUUUUUUUUUUACUAUUCUUUACUGGGAAAUGAUGUUACAAACGAGCCUUUUAGUGAUUUGAUCAACCCAAACUUUGAGCCCGAGAGGGCAUCUGUUCGCAUACGUAGCAGUGUGGAGAUUCUUCGAGUGUACCUGGCUCUUCACUCUAAACUGCAGAUCCAUCUCUGCUGUGGAGAUCAGUCACUUGGCAGUACAGAAAUACCUUUAAAUGGAUUACUGAAGAAGGGCAGUACAGAGAUUAACCAGCAUCCUGUCACAGUCGAGGGUGCUUUUACCCUGGACCCUCCAAACCGAGCCAAGCAGAAGCUUGCUCCUGUUCCUCUGGAGCUGGCCCCAACUGUGGGAGUGUCAGUGGCUCUGCAGAGAGAAGGCAUCGAUUCCCAGUCUUUAAUUGAAUUAAAGACCCAGAAUGGACAUGAACCAGAGCAUUCACAGAAGAGAGUUUUAACCCCCAUAAAGGAGAAGACACUCACUGGGCCAAAAUCACCAAGGGUGUCCCCUGCCCUACCUCAAAACCAGACACCUCCAACCAAAGACGAUGCAACAGAAAGUGAAGUGGAGAGCCUACAGUAUGAUAAGGAUCCAAAGCAAACUGUGAAGGGCAUUGGUUCCAUACCUCCUUCGCUGGCCCAGCCAGAGGCAACCUGCAAUGCGUCAGAAGUGGUGACAUCAGGACAGAAGAUUGCUGUUCCAGCAACAUCGCACCACUUCUGCUUUUCAAUAGACUUAAGAAGCAUCCAUGGCUUGGAAAUUAGUUUUCCAGUCAAUUGCAUAUUGAGGUACUCCUACCCAUUCUUCGGCAGUGCAGCUCCUAUUAUGACUAACCCUCCUGUAGAAGUUCGGAAAAAUAUGGAAGUUUUUCUUCCUCAGUCUUAUUGUGCUUUUGACUUUGCAACUAUGCCUCACCAGCUACAAGACACGUUCCUACGGAUUCCACUGCUGGUAGAAUUAUGGCACAAGGAUAAAAUGAGUAAAGACUUACUCCUUGGGAUCGCAAGAAUUCAGCUUUCUAACAUCUUGUCUUCAGAAAAGACCCGGUUUUUAGGUGCUAAUGGUGAACAGUGUUGGCGGCAGACUUACAGUGAGAGCGUGCCUAUUAUAGCAGCCCAGGGGUCAAAUAACAGGAUAGUAGACCUUUCUUACACAAUGACUCUGGAGGACUAUGGGCUAGUGAAAAUGCGUGAGAUCUUUGUAUCGGAGUCAUCUCAGGCUGUACCUGCUGUGGAUCAGAAGCCAUCGUCUCCUCCUCCAGCUCCUUGCCCUUCUGAGAUCCAGGUGGAACCCCGAGAGACCUUAGAGUACAAGGCUGCACUCGAGCUAGAGAUGUGGAAAGAGAUGCAGGAAGACAUAUUUGAGAGUCAGCUGAAGCAGAAAGAACUGGCUCACAUGCAAGCUCUUGCAGAAGAAUGGAAAAAAAGGGACAAGGAAAGAGAAUCACUCGUGAAGAAAAAGGUAGCUGAAUAUAGUAUUCUAGAAGGCAAACUUCAAAAAGCCCUAACGGAGCUGGAGACCCGAGAGCAGCAGCUUGCCAGUGCAGAAACAGAGCUUCAGAGAGAGAGAAAGGAACUGCAGUUAGAAAGGGAGCGGAACCUUCAAGAGCUGCAGGACUCUGUCCGAAGGGCCAGAGACGACUGCGUGUACCAAGUGGAGCUGGAGAGGCUGAAGCUGAGGCAGCUGGAAGAGGACAAACACCGGCUUCAGCAGCAGCUUAUUGAUGCUGAAAAUAAGUAUAAGAUUUUGGAAAAAGAGUUUCAGCAGUUCAAGGAUCAACAAAACAACAAACCAGAAAUGAGGCUGCAGUCAGAAAUAAACCUCCUCACCUUGGAAAAGGUUGAGCUUGAAAGAAAGUUGGAAUCUGCAACCAAAUCUAAACUGCAUUACAAGCAGCAGUGGGGCCGAGCUUUGAAAGAACUUGCCAGACUCAAGCAGAGGGAGCAAGAAAGUCAAAUGGCUCGUCUUAAGAAACAGCAGGAGGAGUUGGAGCAGAUGCGGCUGCGUUACCUGGCUGCUGAGGAGAAAGACACAGUGAGAACUGAGCAACAGGAGCUGCUGGAUAUAAGGAACGAACUGAACAGGUUAAGGCAGCAAGAGCAGAAACAGUCCCAGGACUGCAGAGAGAUUGUAAGUGGGAAGCUGGCCAGCCCGCGGGGCUCUGGGCUGGAGGAAGGCCUGGAUGACUACCUGACACGUCUGAUAGAGGAAAGGGACACUCUGAUGAGAACGGGUGUCUAUAACCACGAGGACCGCAUAAUAAGUGAACUCGACCGGCAGAUCAGAGAGGUUUUGACAAAAAACAGUGCCAGCAAUUAAAGCAUUUGGGAAGUCUUUGCAGGUACUCUAGGUCUGCAUUUUGAUUUUUAUGUAAAAUCCUCAAAAGCAAGGAAAAUGGCUACUUUGGAAUGCUCUUUUUAAUUUUUUAUAAGCUGAAUUUUGUAUGUUGCUGUAUAUAGUAUUUAUUUGAUUUUACUUACGCUACCUCUCCAAUGCUGGUUUCAUUUGUAAUUGUAUUUUAUAUGCUCAUUUAAAAUGACUUUUCAGUGUUCUUCAGUUUAAAGUCUGUUGUUUGACUUUAAAAACAGCCCUUCACAACUUGUUCUAGGAGAACUGGCCACAGUAGUUCCCAGUAUAUAAUUUUUUAUGUUGAGCCAAAAGAGAAUGUAUUGCACUUUAAAAAUGCUGUGCCCUGUUCCCUUUGAUUGUAGAUAUCUUCAAGUUGAAGCCAAUUAUAAGUAUAGCCAUUUUUUAAAAAGCAUUUAUACGACCAGUCUUUUUCCCUCAACCUGUGGUAUUUGCAAAUGACAACUUUGAAAAUAAAGCAGUCUCAGGCAGAGAAGCUGUGUGACAUGUUGGCUGACAAAUUAGUCAUUGCUUAAACACAGUUCAUGCAAAUUAAAAACAAAUCAAAUUCCAAAUUUCACUGGACUCCAUUUUAAGAAUAUGAGAAAAUAGCUUGGUCUGAUCACAGUCCCCUGCUCACAGCUGUGUGAGGCUUCUUGUUAAAGUUAUAGGUUGCCUUUGUUUCUCAGUGAUGGCAGUACUGCUUCAGACAGACUAUGGAACCAGACACCUAGCGACAUUAGCUGAGAACAGCAAGUGAAGCUGAGCUAGUCCACUCCCUCUGCAGUCUGUUCAGAGGCACCUGAGAGAGGCAGUGCAGCUGUAAUAGGAAUCUGUAAACCUCCAGAUAGCUCCUUCGCACCGUGCUCUCCAAACCACCCCAUCCUCAUGGCACGCUUAUCCCUAGCCCUGCGUGACACUGAACAGGUUAAUUAGCAAACUCUCAGUUCACGAGGCAUCUUAAAACAUAGACAGUAAAAAUUCUGAUUCCCAAAAAAAACAAGUUUAGUUGUAUACUUCAGCAAGUGUGUACUAAUUACCAGUAACUUCCACACAAGCAAAGCAGGUUAUAUGGUAAUGCUCAUUAAGUAUAUUUCUUGUUUGUGAAAUUAAAACCUCUAUAGGCAUCAUAUGCUUCUUUUCUUUAACUAGCAAAGUCUUUGUCUUGGAAAAGCAACCGAGCGUAAGUAACAGAAAGGUUGCUAGAUUUGAGGGUGAUGAGACAUAAUCAUAGCAGGGAUUUGAAAUAUGAAUUAUGGUUACAUGUUCCUGAUUUUUUGGGUGACAUGAAUGGAGCAAAAGUAUUUUUGUUUUAGAAGGUCCUGGCCCAAGGCUGGUUCUUCCUCCUGUAUCCUUUGAGGCCUGGAGCUUUCAAACACUAGAGGGGGCCUUAGAGUAAGGGGAAAGGACUUCUAAACUGUGUGUGUGCUUUGCCUUCGAGAAAGCCAUCUUUGAGCUACUGUAAUUUGACAAAUAAAAUCCUCACUGUGUGCA